ACGUGCGAGAAAAGGAGAGACAGCUUGAGAGAGAAAGAGAGGGGGAGAGAGUGAGGAGGGCCUCGUAGCGCGCGGGUUAGAAAACCCCGUUCGCCAUGGAGAGGAUGGACCCGUGUCUGUCCCGCGGCACGGCACGUCGAUCCGCGAGCGAGCGCGAGGAAUGCGGUGGAGACUGCACUGCUACGACUACUACGACGACGACGGCGGCGACGCGCUGGGCCCGAGUAACAUGGAAGUGGAGUCGCGAGGAAGCCGAGCUGUCGCGCUAGUGCCCGCCAGUCCCGCUGCCCCGUCGUCCGCGACGUAAAUAAGUUUUUCGCGGAUGGUCAAAGUGUAACGCGGAUUAUACUGUGUACACGCGAGCUGUACGUGUAGGCGCGCGCGUAUAUAUAAAGCGAAUGCGCGGUGAUCCGUCGGCGUGCGGCUAAGCGCGUACGUUAAGAGCGGCCGUGAUCAUUGCUCCGUUCCUCCGUCGCGCCGAUCCUCCACCUCCGGGCGGGGGACACGCGCGCACAAUGGAAACGCUACUGCCCGGCAACACCGCCGCUGGCCAGUCGUACAGUCCGCAGUUGAAGACCGUCCUCAAGACCUAUCAGCUGUCGGCCAUCAAGAGCCUGCAGGGUCCCAGCUCGGCCCUGCUGGGCAUGGACUGUAAGGCCCUGCUGCACGAGCAACAGUCGGCGACCUCGUGCUUCUCGCCGCCCGCCGUCGGCCGUCCGGCGGGCGGCUGUGGCCUGGAGUCGCCCGUGGAGUCGCAGCCGCCGAAGGACGUGGUCGAGAAGGAGAUACGCGAGACGACAACGUCGGCGCGCACGCUGACACCUGUCCCGAAGGCGCCGCGCUCGCUCGACGACUCUGACGAGGAUCGUCCCGUGGUGGCGACGGCGGCGGCGGCGGCUGCAGCGGCGGCGGCGACGGCGGAUCGCCCCAAGGCCGCGUGCGAGAAGCGCGAGCUCGAGUUUCAGAUACCGAUACUCACGGCGCCGGACCAGAGCUGCUCCGAGAGGUGCGAGACGAUUCUCGAGGGCGAGAGGAUCUCGUGCUUCGUGGUGGGCGGCGAGAGGAGGCUCUGCCUGCCGCAGAUACUCAACACGGUGCUGCAGGAGUUCUCCCUGCAGCAGAUCAACCAGGUGUGCGACGAGCUGCAGAUCUACUGCUCGCGCUGCACCGGGGAUCAGCUCGAGGAGCUCAAGCACUCCGGGAUCCUGCCGCGCAACGCGCCGUCCUGCGGCCUCAUCACUCAGACCGACGCCGAGAGGCUCGUGAGCGCGUUGCUCCUGCGGACAGAGUCCUGCGACCCCUCCCAGAUCGGCCCGGCGCCGGACUGCCUCGACAAGAAGGCGUGCAAGAGCGAGGAGCAGGAGGAGACGAUUGUCAAGUUCAAGGUGUACCACGAGUGUUUCGGCAAGUGCAAGGGCAUCUUCGAUGCGAAGCUGUUCGAGACGGACGAGUCGGUGUGCAUCGAGUGUCUGGAGUGCGGCUAUCAGUUUUCCCCCCAGCGCUUCGUGCGCCACGCUCACAGAUCCCUGGAGAACCGCACCUGUCACUGGGGCUUCGAUUCCGCCAACUGGCGGUCGUAUCUGUUGCUCUCCCGCGACCAGCAGCACUACAACAAGUCGCUCAUCCUCUUUCGGGAGCUCAAGGAGAGGCAUCUCGUGCUAAACUCGAAGCGGAAGCUGGAGCUGCGGCACGAGCACGAGAGAUUGGCCAAACGCACAAAGAAGGACCUAGGGAAGGACGAGUGCGCUGGAAUCUACAACGGCAACGGAUUGGCAAUGUACCAUCCCGUAUCCCAAAUCGGCCAUGAAUCGUACCUGCAGAUGCAAUGGGCGGUCUUCGAGCUCGCUGCCAGAGGCGCGGCUUUUCAACCUUGGAAUGCUACGGGCAAUUGCAAGCACAGGGACAAUUCUUCGUUGGUGCCUGCGUAUCUCAGUCGAGGUCCACCCGUACUGCAACAUCCCGAGCGAGUCAUUCCGCUUUCGGACUGCGAACGUUUCGAACCACAUUUCCAACCUAACGUGGCAUUGGCGCCUAUACCGGCACCCGCGCAGAUAAGUCAGAUACCGCCGUCCUCGUCUGUUCAUCAGCAACGACGACAUCAUCACGAACACCGCCGUCACAGUCACCGCUCGUUGAGUCCCACGUGCGACAAACAGGAGUUGUUAUCGGCCGCCAGUGUUAAAAUUGAGAAAACAUCGAGUCAAGCGUCGGCCAUCGGUUCUUAUCCUCUGUACUACAUGUCGGACGAAAAUCAGAAGGAGGCGGCGCUGCCUCAGGACAGGAAGGACAGGAAGGACAGGAAGGAGAAGGAGGGCGAGGAGGAGGAGAGCAGCGCGGCGGUUACAUCGUCCACCGUAAGCGUGGAACCUACGCAGCUGGCGGCCUCCUCCGAGGUCGGCACUUCGUCACCGUCGGAGAGCGAUUCCGAGACGGACGGCGCCGCGGCGGAGGCGGAUCUCAAGAAGCGGCUAAAGGAACUGAACGUGCCGCAGGAUGUGAUAAAUCUGGCGCAUCGCGUGGCGCUGGUGAACGCACAGCUGCGGCGGUCGUAUGUCCGUGAAAUCUCCAAGCUGCGCAGUGAACUGAACAUGCAUAAAUUGCAGCAGCAGCAGCAGCAGGAACAACAGCAGUCUACCGUCGCCGACGUAGUCGACGUCGCCGACGACGCGAGUCAGGACAAGGAGGACGAGACAGGGACGACGCCGACGGCGCCGCGUUCCAGCGCGGCCGACAGCACCGAGGGCGGCAACGAGGAGGCCGACGCUGCGAGUUUACCGUCGAACAAUAAAGAGUCUGAGCCCGCCAACGUGCCGACUAAUAACGAGUCGGAUCAGUGAUUAGGAUAACGCGCAAGUUAUUUAACACGCAUACACCCACAACUGCUCAGCGAUUACCGUGACGACGCUCAUCCGUUGGCCGAAUAAGCUACGUACUGACUUUAGUACUUUAGAUACAUAUAUAUUAUAUAUAAAUACAUAUAUAUUUACGAUUCUAAACUAAACGAUAAACUGUCUAGGUUUAUGUGAUAUGCGACAAGCCUUUAAACGUUAUCGCAGAUAAUUCGGAGUUUGUAUUAGGUAAGAGAAACACGUGCUGUCCAACUCAAAACAUCGGGCUGGUGGAGUCCUCGCGCCUCAUACUCGUGAAAUUCAAACCGACCAACCGCUAUCAGCGAAAACAGCUUGCCUUCCACGCCUGUCGAUAGCUGCGCGCGAUACGUCCUCUUCCUGUUUACAUUUUAGUGUUCCGUGGAUAACGAAAAACAAAACAAAAACAGUACACGUCCAUUUUCGAAACGAACUUUCGGCUUUGGUCGAGUCUGCGAUGCCGCGAAAACAAACAUGUUGCUCCGUUAACACUUCGUCUCCCAGCCAUGGACGAUGUUAGCGGAUUUCGAAAGAGUGAUACUCCCGGUGGGAGAUGUGGCAAACCGAUGCCACGAGUUGGACAGCCACGUCACGUAUACUUGUAUCGGUCGAUUUUUUUAUUAAAAUCGAAUGUAGAUAUUGUACUAUAUUGAAACAGGAGAGGGGGGGAGUAGAUUUAAUGGAUUAUACCGCGCCAAUGAAAACGAUUAACACUUAAGAGGGUAUUGUAUAAUGAGGCAUUUCGUAUAUAUUAAAUAUAUACGGGGUGUAAAGCGAGAUUUUUACUAUAUAAUUCUGAUCCUCGAGUAUGCGAGUAACAAGAGAGGACGAGAAAGAAUGUGCGUGCGCGUGUGAGAGAUUUCUAGUGCGAAUGAAUUUAGAUUGCUUCCCAUUUACAUCUCGGUAGUCAUGAUCGCAUAAUGUAAAUACAUUGUGGCAUCAUAGGUGUACGUUUAUAACUAAUUACAGUAUCAUGACGAAAUAAUGUUAAAGUACAAAAAACCUAGGUGCUAUACUGUUAUUCUAGGUAUGCUGUAAGCAUAAAAACCUGGGUGUGUUCCAGCAGCUCGUACUACAUUGUAAUGCCCAGAACGUUAUAUACACGUUCCAAGACAGAAUCGCUACUAAACUCUUGUGAUUAACGCGUAAAAAUAGGAUCUGCUUUUUUAUUCGACGAAAAAGCUCGGUCCAAGCCUAAUCACGUCAAUAAGAAAGUGAGGGGGGGGGGAAUUUGCGUUUUCGAAAAUUAUUUAUUUGGUACGUGCAGUAGGACCAUAAACUCGAAUCGUUGGUAGUAACGUAUUUGAUUGCGCUUGAAUUUCCAAUCGUUUACGUGUUUGUCGAAUCGUUUAAUUUAUUGGUGGCAUAAGAGAAAAAAAGUGAUUUUUACAUAAUAGAUCGCUUAUAUAACGGAUCGCGGAUGAUCGUAUAGUCAUGUUGUUUUUUUUCCUUUUUUUCAAAAAUGUUCUAAAUAUUUUCUUAAAAGUGUAUAUGCUUUUUUUUCGGAAUCGCGGCUAAAAGCGUAACGGGAAUUUUAUUGAUCGAAUCGUACGUGUGGACACGUACUGUAUAUAAUUUCUGUUGACUACAAUGUUUUGUUAUUAAUAUAUGAUAUUUUUACGAAGAUUCGCAGCUGGGGAACCCACAUUUUUAAUAUAUAUAUAAAUAAAUAUAUUUAUUUUGUACAUAUAUUAUUGUUGAUACAUAU